GGUGCCGCAUGGCUCUGGCCACACUGGCUGCAGAAAAAAAAAAGAAGUUGUUAGCUUAAUAAAAGUUCGAUUCUACACUUGGGGCGUUGCAUUCGGUGCAUUUGGAUCCGCAGCGAUGUUCACCGCAUUCACAGACCUGGCCCGUCUCUGCAGGAUUUGCCUGCGUCAGCUGCGUGACCGGGAAUCGCAGUGUCCCGAUCCCCGCCUGAUCGCGAUCCUCCAGAAGUUCCUCGACAUCGACAUUCUGCAGCAGCCGGAUGGAUUUCCCACCCAAAUCUGCAAUCUGUGCCACAAUGCGGUGUCCUACUUCGAGGAACUGGGCCAAGUGGCCAGGGAAACCAGCCGAAAACUGGGCGAGUGGCAGCCAAAGGACAUGGUGAAGGAGGAGCCGCUAGAGGAAGACCUGGCCGAAGAUCUAGAGGAAACCCAACAGGAAUGCGAGGAGCAGCAGCAGCAGGAUGGCCUGCCAGAGGACGAGUUGGCAGACAAACAGAAGGAUCAGCAGGCUCGCUUCGACCAGGAGGACAGCCAGGAGCUGGUGGAUCAGCGCACCGCAAACAAGCGACGAGCCGGCUUGGCCUGCGAUCAGUGCGGCAAGCAGGUGUACAAGCUGCCCUACCUGGAGGCCCACAUCCGCAGCGUCCACCAGGGCUACUCGAAGCCCUUCUUGUGCCGCAGCUGCGAUAAGUGCUUCACCCGCUACGAGCAGUUGCGCUCCCACAUGCGCAAUGCCCAUCCCCAGCUGGAGCAACUGCAGCAGGAGCUGCGGGAGCUCAUCUGUGAGCUGUGCAAUCGCCAGUAUAGCACGAAAAACGCUUUGGGGGAGCAUCUCAAGCGGCAUGCGCAGCACAAGGAGCAUGUGUGCGAGCACUGCGGCGUGGCCAAGGUGACGAGAACGGAGCUACUCACCCACCUGCGCACCCACAAUCCCACCUGGGAGCGCUUCAAGUGCGAGCAGUGUCCGCAGCUGUUUCGCCACAAAAGUGCCAUCAGUCGGCAUGUUCGCGUGGUUCACGAGGGUCAGCGACGGUUCCAGUGCGGCCACUGCGAGAAGAAGUUCGGCACCCAUGCCUCGCAGGUGCGGCACGAGCGGCUGCAUGCCGAGUCCACGGGCGAGGGAGCCGCCGAGGAGUGGCCCUUUGCCUGCAUGCACUGCCAGAAGGCCUGCGUUUCGCGGCAGAAUCUUGAGAUGCAUCUGAGGAGGCACAGCGGAAGCGAGGCUCACAGGAAAAGACAAGAGGAGGAUGAGGAGGAAGAGGAGGAUGAUCGGGAUCAGAAUCAGGACGAUCUGGAGGAGCAGCAGGAGCAUCUUCGCCAGAAAAGAAAGCUCAGAAAGCGGAAUAGAGAUCGGGACUCACUGGAAAACCAACCAAAUGAGCCAACCAAGCAUAAGGAGAGACAACAAGAUCAGGAGUUUCCGAUAAAGGAGCAGGCAUUUAGCCAGGAUCUACAAUAUCAGUGGCAGCACAAAUUAGAGCAGGAGGAUCCAGAAUGGGAGCACAAAUUAGAGCAGGACACCGAGCCAGAAAACGAUCCGCAAAUGGAGAAAUUAGAAGAGCACAUCCAUGACAAUAAAUUGAGCACUCCAAAAACCUCAUGAUAAACUACUCCAAUCCAUAUAAAUUAUAUUGAUUCCCAAAAAACACAGUGUACGUGUACUAAACAUUAGCAAAAUUUAUUAAAUAAUUUGUUUAGUGUUUUUUAACGAUUAA